AUGGGCAAGAGACUUCUCAAGUGGGCUGAGCCCCAUGCCCGCUCCACUGCCUUGAUGACCCCUGCUAUGCGGGGGAAAGUCAAGAGCACUGUUAUGGAGGUGGACAAACGAGUCCACACCUUAACUGAGAGCUUUGAGCCCUUUGCGCCUGAAGCUCGCCCCAGCGAUCGGUUACGGGACUGCUAUGUGGACCGUCUCCACUUUGACAAGUGUGACCCUACCCAGAAUAGACGCCCAUACCUAGACGAGCUCAUCGCAAUGGCGAGGGCCGACCUUCUAACAGUGCUGGCUGCAGCUGAUGGAUCUGUCCCUCAGUCUAACCACGGUGCUCGGUGGCAGCCCGGUCACUAUCUACAAACACAUAUGCUAUGUGGCCUGGGUACUAAGUAA